AUCGUCACCAAGAUGCAGAUUUUCCUAAGAAACCUUAUGGGGAAGACCAUCACUCUUGAGGUUGAACCCUCGGAUACAACAGAAAACGUAAAGGCCAAGAUCCAGGAUAAGGAAGGAAUUCCUCCUGAUCAGCAAAGACUGAUCUUUGCUGGUAAGCAACUGGAAGAUGGACGUACUUUGUUUCAUCAUAACAUUCAGAAGGAGUCAAUUCUUCUCCUUGUGUUGAGACUUCAUGGUGGUGCUAAGAAAAGGAAGAAGUCUUAUACCACUCCCAAGAAGAAUAAUCAUAAGAGAAAGAAGGUUAAGCUGGCUGUUUUGAAAUACUAUAAGGUGGAUGAGAAUGGCAAAAUUAGUAGCCUUCGUUGGGAGUGCCCUUCAGAUGAAUGUCGUACUGGAGUUUUUAUGGCCAGCUACUUUGACAGAUGUUAUUGUGGCAGAUGUCGUCUGACUUACGGCUUCAACAAACCAGAAGACAAGUAA